GACUUUUCAAGAGUUUGGGUCAUCAAGAAAUUUUUGAAAAAAUGUACUCAACAUUGUCUAUAAGGAAUUUGGGUAUAGAGGAAAGUGGGGAUUUUUUCAAUCAUCAUAUGAAUCAUAAUCUUCAGGGUUCUCUUUCAGUUGAUGGUACAAAUUUGCCUGGUGAUUCUUGUUUAGUUUUAUCAACUGAUCCUAAGCCUCGUCUUAGGUGGACAACUGAACUCCAUGAAAGGUUUGUUGAUGCUGUUACUCAACUUGGUGGUCCUGAUAAAGCAACGCCAAAAACAAUUAUGAGAACAAUGGGGGUGAAAGGUCUGACCUUAUACCAUUUGAAGUCACAUCUCCAGGCUGCAUCUUACAUUUCCUUGCAGAAAUACCGCAUGGGGAAGCAAUCUGCUAAAGAGGCAACUGAGAAUUCUAAAGACGUAUCUUGUCCGGCCGAGAGUCAAGAUACAGGUUCCUCUACAUCAGGUUCAUCCAGAGUUAUUGUGCAAGAUAUAAAUGAAGGCUUACAAGUAACCGAGGCUUUACGAGUACAGAUGGAAGUCCAGCGAAGACUACAUGAGCAGCUAGAGGUACAACGCCAUCUACAGCUUCGUAUAGAGGCACAAGGAAAAUACUUGCAAUCAAUUCUUGAAAAGGCUUGUAAAGCUUUCAAUAGCCAGUCCCUCGAAUCGAAUGGCCUAGAAAUGAACAGAGAAGAGCUCUCUGAAUUAGCAUUCAUCAAUGUCCCUUCAUUACCCGAUAUUGGCCCGAGUUUUGAGAACAAGAAUGCAUGUCACGUCCCUGCCAGACUAGGCGAUUGCUUGCUUGACGACUGCUUGCCAUCAAAUGGAAUCGGUGCUCUAAAGAAGAGACCGCGAGGUUUUACUAACGUUAACGGAUUGCCUAUGGAAAGCAAUACAAGGGAGGUGGAAUGGAUGAUGAGUAAUAUAUGAACAAAAGAUGUAAUUUUUACCACCUUUUCUACAUAUCAUGUUUGAUCCAAGAUCAAACAAUGUUGUUGCAAAUGUAUGUUUUAUUACCUUUAAUUUAAGUACCUUUUUAUCAGAAAUGAAGAUCCAGUUGAAACCUU